AUGGCACCGUUAGCAACGGAAUUGGCGACUCUCCGAGCGCUCAGCUUUCGCAUCUCCUCUACUGCGACCGCACAACUUCCGCAACAUGUGCCUGCCAUAGCAGCAUCCUUGUCCAACUGCAGGACCCUCUUGUCGUCGACCCAGACGUCCAACGCUAAAUCUUCCUCCGAGGCUUCAGUUGCAGUACACAAAUACCGGACUCUACUUUCAACUUUGCUCCAAGACCGAACAGUCCAAGGACGAUGGUCGGCAGUUGUUCUCAUCAAGGCUACCAUCGAAGUUGGCGGCUGGGAGACUUUACAAAAAGCUCUUCCCUGGGUGCGCGGGCUUCUGGGCAUAUUGGCAAAGCCAGAUCCACCAAGCUCGAAGAAGUUGUGUAUCAUUACGUUGACUCGCAUCUUCAUGCUUACACGAGAGUACCCCACAUUGAUACGCGAAAUCACCACUCCCUCGUUACCGGCUUUUGUACAAUCUGGUCUGCAAAUUGCUAGUUCGAAAGCAUCAGCUAGCCUUCUGCUUACCGUGCUCGAGUGCUUUUCCGAACUGCUACCGCGACAUCCAACCAUUUUCCGCCCUCACCUUAAGACGUUCCGACCACUCCUAUGCCGCCUAGUUGCACCCACCCCAUCCACAGGACUGUCCAAGGACCAAUCGCAAGCCGCGCCCGUUGCUGUCCCGACUGAGGUCUCAAUUGCAGCACGUAGACUGUUUGUCCAGCUGCCAUGCUGCGCGCCUAAAGGUGCUUCUAGUGAAGAAUGGGAGAAUGCACUGCGCACCACAAUCGGUGGCGUGCAUCGCGUUGCUGACAGGGUUUUCCGUGCGGUUCUUGAGGAUUGGCAGUCUACUGUGCGAGAAGCACCUGCCAACGGUCAUACUUUGGACAGCGAAGUCCAGGAUCUUGAGGACGAUUACUUGUCUCUGCCUCCGUGGUCCGGGAUUUUUGCAGGCAGUGAAAGACUUACUGGCUUACUUCGGCUUGCCAAAGAGUACCUGGAAAGCCCGACCGCAAAUGCAGUAACCUUCAAAGUUGGGGUCAUUAUGGAUUUGAUCACUCGGAUGCUGUCUCUCACGAUACCUGCGUCUGGAUCAAAGUCGUUCCAGAACACUGUAAGAAUCAACAACCAAGUCAGCAAAGAAGAGCGGGAGAACCUUUGGCUAGUGCUACCUGCCAUCCAUGUGGCCACUAUCGAGCUGCUGCUUGCUAUGGCGCACCGACUGCAGGCAAGCAUGUUGGCUAUCGAUGCUCUGAUUCUUGAUCAGCUAGUUUGGGUCUUUGGUUCCGAGAAGGACAAUGCGCACGUACGCACAGCCUGCUAUCUGGCUAUCGCAGCUCUACUAGAGCGAUCGGGCGUGACUCUGCCCAAGUCGUCCGUUGACUCGCUUGUUCAAGUCAUGCGCACCUGUUGUGAGGAUUUACUGCCUUCAGAGGUCAGCCCCAGCGUAGUCAAGGACACUCCAGGACAGGCCAAAUCAAAGGGCAGCAGUCAGCCUCAAGGUACUGCAAAUGCAGACUCUUUCCUUGGCUCGAAGACUGUCAACGAUCCCACUGCCAGUUUCGCAGGCCUGAAAGACGCAGCGUACGAGUUGCUACCGGUACUACUAUCGGACGUACGUGCGCAAUACCUCUCGGACUCGUUGAGGGCACGUCUGGACCGCACUGCGGUACUCGCCCAGCAUAAGGAUGCCAUGUUAGCAAGUGUGUUGAACCCGCCGCCCAGCAAGAGGUUCGGCAAGCCGGCUGCCAGUAUCUUGCCGCUUAUAGCUAGGUCUUUCCAAGGAGAUAAAGACAUCGAAGGCAUGUUGCGACCCCGAAUGCCCGUUAUCCGUCUCGGAGCCCAGGAUGCUGAGCUGGAGGAUGAUGUCGAGGAAGAAGAAGAAGAAGAAGAAGAAGCGGAAGCCGAGGCGGAAGAAACUUUGGAAGAUGCUGAACAAGCAAGCGAGCCAUUUGUGGGCCAAGAGUUAAACCCUAUGCUGAAAACAGCAGGACCUAAUGACGUCGUCAUUCGAGAUUUCGCCAUGAAAGAUGCGCCCUUAGCCGAUGAGAUUGCCGCUGCAGGGACUUCCACAUCCGCAGCCGAAGAGUACGCGCAACCUGAGGUAGCGGGCAAGCGACCUCACACCGGCGAGACCCCUCUCUCGCCUGCCAAACGAGUACGGUUCGGCGAGGCAGAGUAUGCCGCAGCAUCCAGCAUGCCGCCAGCUGCCAACAGAGCUGUUCCACCCGUUGAGAAUACCAAGAGUGUGGACGUGCCUGCGACAUCAAACUUCACUGCCACCUCCACCGCCUCUGCGAUACCAGAUCUGCCAGAACCAGGUGAAGGCGGUGGCGACAGCGACGAUGACGAUGAUGUUGUGCCGCUUGUAUUUGGCCAGGAUACCGACGACGAGUCCGAAUAA